AUUGACAGAGAUAGAUUAAGUUGAAUCAAACCUUAGGUACUAUUUCAAAGAUCGAGUUGAUUUUGAGAACAAAAAUCCGAGUUUCUUCUUUACUGUUCUAAAUUUAUUUUCUGGUAAUUUAUCUAAAAUUUUUAAUUAAUUAACUUUACUAAGCGAGUGCUCUAAUAUUAUGAAAAAAACAAAAAAGACUGCUAUUAGUGCUAUACGUUACGCUAUUCCUAUUCGAGCACUUUUAGGUCUUCAAUUUUCUAGGCUGACGCGAAAUGGUUAGCAUAACACCUCAGUUUUUGAUUGACUUUUGUGCGGGCUAGUUGACUUUUGUUCUUAGAAAUGGGAAAAGGCUGGUUCAACGGCACAACCCUAUUGUUGGGGUUUUGUAGUGCUGUCUAUAUCCUUUUUUUCACAUUUGCCGUACUAACUUUAGUCAUGUGUUAAGAAUAACUUGUAUCCUAUUAUCUUUAAUGCCAAUCUCUCAAUUUGGAAUGUAUAAUUU